AUGGCUUGGCAGCUCAGCACUAGAGUUCAGCUGGGUGGAUUCAUCCUCUCACUCUUCGGUUGGGUCUUGUCAUGUGUUACAACUGUUGUGCCUUUCUGGAAGACCCUCCAGUUGGAAUUAAAUGAACUCGAAACCAGGAGCAUGGGGCUUUGGCACGUCUGUGUCACUCAGGAUGAAAGCCUAAUGGAAUGCAAAGGCCAGGCCUCUCUACUGGCGCUGCCCUUGGAGUUCAAGGUCUCUAGGGUUGUAAUGGUGACCGCAAAUGGACUGGGUUUGCUUGCAUUCUUGCUUUCCAUUUUGGCGUUGAAGUGUCUGAAGACAGGAGACCAAAAUCCAAGACGCAAAAGGCACUUUGGGAUUGCUGGUGGAACUCUCUUCUGUGUUUCUGGAAUGGCAAACCUUGUGCCCAUCUCUUGGGUCGCCUACACCACCGUGCAAGAAUUCUUGGACGAAACUAUGCCAGAGAUUGUCUCAAGGUGGGAAUUUGGUGAAGCAUUAUUCUUGGGCUGGUUUGCUGCUUUUUUCCUCAUCCUGGGCGGGUUUCUUCUUAUCUGUGCCUGUUUCCUAGAGGCCAAAGAGCCACCCAAGCAGUUAGCCGUCUACUGUAAACCAAGGAUGCAGACGUCAGUCACGUUGCCAAGGCGUCAUCCGUAUUCACCACCCAAAAACGCAGACCUUGUGAUCUGA